AUGCAAAGCUGGAAGCCACUACCGACAAGGGCAACCAAGCGACCACCUGACAUGGGAGGACAAAUGGGAGGAGCACAGGGGACUCUCACUUACGACCGGGGUAGAAGAAGACCCCCUCCACGUCCCGAGCUACAAGCCCUUCACGCACUCAGCUACCAACAGGUUCAACCCAAGCAGCCGCGGACGGCACAAUGCCCCCCCUUGUGCAGGGCACAAACACCGCCACAGACAUUCCAUCACACACCCCUCAGUGUGGCAUUGCCCCGCACUCCACUCACCGACCCUCGCUGUCACGGAACUGCAGGCCCAACAUCGAGAACCCUGGAUCGGUGGGUCCCCCACGCAAAGCUAGCAGGACUCUGGCAAUUAUACUCCAGCAGCCUCCCACCACGGGGCAUCGGCUAA